AUGAUUGAGGUCUUGAAAUUGGAAAAAUAAUUGUUUUUAUCCAAAAUUUUUAAUGCUUUAGCUACAUUCCAAACAAACCAAGCAAUCCCACUAAGAACAAUAGGAAAUAUUCCAUUGAGAAACAUUCAAAAGAUAAGAUUUUUGAGAAUCCUUGUCCACUUGCAGAGAAGUACUCCAGAAACGUUAAAACUUGUUAAGGCCAAUUUAACUAAAAAUCUUUUACCAUCAUUAGUAUCUAGAAAUAAUUUGUAAGGAUUCGCAUUAAAAGGGUUUGAGAAUUAUUUCUUUUUGGUUUUCUUAUGA